CUAACCCGGCCGCACCCCGACCUGGGUCCUGGGCCCCGCCCCGCGCCUCCUCGCCCCGCCCCACCCCUGGAAGACUGACUGGGACUACUUCGGCGGUGCGGUAGGCGGGAGAAACGUGCCUCGGUGCCAGACACAAAGAGCGCCGGCGGGCUCCUACCAGGCCACCCUGCUAUGGGAUGGAUGAAGAAGAUAAUCACUAUAUCUCACAGCUCAAGGAUGUCUACAACAGUUGUGACAGCACAGGCACAGGCUUUCUGGAUCAGGAGGAGCUGACUGAACUCUGCCGGAAGCUCCACCUGGAGAAGCAACUGCCUGCCCUCCUGCAGACUCUGCUUGGAGAUGACCACAUUGCCAGGGUCAACUUUGAGGAGUUUAAGGAAGGGCUUGUGACAGUGCUGUCCUCCAAGGCUGGUGGCAACCCCAUCAGUGAAGAAGCUGGUUCUUUGCAGUCAGCUGCCUCCUAUACUGUCCCACCAAAAUAUGUGAGUGGCUCCAAGUGGUACGGCCGUUGGAGCCAGCCAGAGCAGAGGGCCUCUGCCACCAAAGCCAGAUGUGGACCAGAGCAGCAGGCAAGGGCUGGCCUGAAGAGCCAGCUCCACCACUCCAUGUCCCUGGAGAGUGUGGAGAGUCUCAAGUCCAAUGAGGAAGCUGAGAGUCCUAGAGAACCUCAGGAUGAGCUGUUCGAAGCCCAAGGGCAGCUGCAAACCUGGGGCUCUGAGGUCUUUGGGAGCCCCCAGAAGUCUUGUAGCCCUUUGUAUGCCUCAUCUGAGAGCCAGGUUCAGGACAUCUGGGAGCAGCUGGGCGUUGGCAGUCGUGGCCACCUGGAUGAGCAGGAGCUGGCUGUGGUCUGCCAGAGCAUCGGGCUCCACGGACUCGAGAAGGAGGAGCUCAAAGACCUGUUCCACAAACUGGACCAAGAUGGUGAUGGCAGAGUGAGUCUCGAAGAGUUCCAGCUUGGCCUGUGCAGCCACAAACCCUCGCAGAUUCCAGAAUCUUCUACCCUAGUCAAACCAAGCAGGCCCUGGUCCCAUUGCCAGGGGCAGGUCCCAGAGGAGAGCGGGUGUCACACGGCCACCACCACCUCCUCCCUCGUGUCCAUGAGCUGUGGCCUGCGCCUCUUCUCCAGCAUCGACGAUGGCAGCGGAUUCUCCCUUCCAGAGCAGGUCAUCGCCACCUGGGCCCAGGAGGGCAUCCACAGUGGCCGGGAGAUCCUGCAGAGCCUGGACUUCAGCCUGGAUGAGAAGGUCGACCUCCUGGAGCUAACCUGGGCCUUAGACAACGAGCUCCUGACAGUCGACAGUGUCAUCCAGCAGGCAGCCCUGGCCUGCUACCGCCAGGAGCUCAGCUACCACCAAGAGCAGGUGGAACAGCUGGUGCAGGAACGAGACAAGGCCAGACAGGAUCUGGAGCGGGCUGAGAGGAGGAGCCUGGAGCUCGUGAGGGAGAUGGAUGACAGCCACACCACCCUGGAGCAGCUCACGGAGCAGAAGAUAGUGUGCCUGGAGCAGGACUACCGAGGAAGGCUGAACCUCCUGAGGGCAGAGGUGGAGGCGGAGCGGGAGCUGAUCUGGGAGCAGGCUUGUAGGCAGAGUGCCAUGCUGGAGCAGGACCUGGGCCACCUGCGGGCCGAGGAGGCCAGCCUGCGCCACAGAUUGGGGCUGGCUUCGAAGGAAAAUAGCCGGUUACAGCAGGAGAUCCUGGAAGUGGUGGGAAAGCUUUCGGAUUCAGAGAAGUUGGUCCUGAAACUGCAGGGCGACCUGGAGUUCAUGCUGAGGGAAAAGCUGGAGACACAGGGCAUGGAGCUCCAGGCCCAGGAGGAACAGUCUGCAGCUGUCUUGAAGGAAUACGAGCUCAAGUGCCGGGACCUGCAGGACCAGAACGAUGAGCUGCAGGCUGAGUUGGAGAGCCUGCAGGCGCGACUACCCCAGAGUCAGAGUUGGCAAUGCCCUGCUGGGGACGCUGGACACCACCCAGCAGGUGUAUACGUGGACGACUCCAGUCCAGUGAGUCUAGAAACGGAGAUCUUGGUGGAGCAGAUGCGGGAGCACUGCCAGGAGCUCAGGACCCAGCUGGAGGCCAAGGUAAAUUCCUAUGAGCGGGAAAUCGAGGCCAUGAAGAACAACUUUGAGAAGGAGAGGAUGGAGCUAGAGCAGGCGCGGCAGCAGGAGGUCACAGUGCUGGAAGCCCGGAGAGCGGACCUGGAGGUGCUGUGCGCUACGUCGCAGGAGGUCAUCCUGGGCCUGCGGGAGCAGCUGCGAGCCGCUGCAGGUGGCCCUGAGGCCUCAUGGGCCGCAAUGACUUCCUGCUGCGCACCGGUGCUCUGUGACCUGGCCCAGCAGCUGGACAAACACAUGUGGCAGCAGCACCAGGGCGAGCUGCGGCAGAUCAGGCAGGAGGCAGCAGAGGAGCUGAGCCGGAUGCUGUCUCAGCAUGACAUACACUGCAAGAGCCUGGUGCUGCGGCACCAGCUCGAGAAGGACCGGCUACAGCAGGUCCACCUGCGGCGGGAGGAGGAGGUACUCGUGCGCUGCCAGGAGCAGCAGCAGAGGCUGCAGGUGGCCCUGGGUGAGGAGCAGGCACAAAUGUGCAGGUCCUUCGCCCUGGAGAGGAAGAGGCUGGAGCGUGCCCACCGCGAGCAGGUGGGGAGCCUGGUCCAGGAGGCAGAGGCACUGCGGGUCCUGCUGCAAGGCGGAGCUGCAGCAACCACGGACAAGGAGCAGCAGGGGGCACCCAUACCCAUGUCCCCAUGCCUAGACAUCCAUGGAGGAACGUGGGAGCCAGUGGGAGAUGGGCCUGGCCAGCCCUGCUGUACAGAUGCUGUGUCCAGAGGGCUGCCAGAGAGCCUUGACCAUGAACAGAGCUGCUGGGGUCUGAUGGAUGCAGAGGAGACAGCUUCUGUCCCCUUUGAGAAGGGGCCACCCAUACAGGCACCUGGGCAGAACAAGGGGGCUGAUCCUGAGGAGCCAGCACCUUCUGCAAGGGCCACAGUGAGCCCAAGCUGGCCUGAUGUCCAGGAGCUGCCCUCGCGGGGUACAGGAGAAGAUGGUGCCCUGCAGACCUGGCUCCAGCACCACUCAGGUCCUGGGACCACACCUGAGUUCCCAAACCCAGCAGGGGAAACUGAAGCAGAUAUGGUGGAGAGAGAGAAGAAUGACAUGAAAACCAAACUUCUGCAGCUGGAAGAUGUUGUCCGGGCUCUCAAGAGAGAAGCAGAUUCUAGAGAGAAUGACAGGGAGGAGCUUCAGAGGCUUUCUGAAGAAAACGGUUUGUUGAAAAAUGAUCUGGAGAGGAUUCAGCAGAAACUUGGAGCUGCAGAGCACAUGAGUGACAUGCAGAGGCAGGAGAUUGAGGCUCUGAAGAGAGACAAGGAGAAGGUCUGCUUUGAAAUGGACGAGCAGCUCAGCAUCCAGAAUCUGAAAUACAAGAAUGAAGUAUCACAGCUCAACUGCAGGGUCCUUCAGCUGGAAGGGGUCACUUCCACCCAUCAGGCCCAAAAUGAGGAGAACCUGGCAGCUGCUCAACUAUUAACACAGAGGCUGGAGGAAGUGGGGCGCCGAGAGGAGCAGCAGUGUGCCCAGAUCCAGAAGCUUGAAACUGAACUUGAGCACAUGAGUCAGCAAUGUCAGCGCCUGAAACUGGUACGGUCAGAGCUGACAGAGAGCCGUGAGGAAGGCCAGGACCAGGAGGAGCAGGAGCAGCUGGAUACCAGGGCAGGGCCAGCAGUAGAGGUGGAGCUGCUCCUUCGGGAGAAGCUGGACCAGUUGGAAAAGACCACUAGAUCCGGCCUGCUGCUCAAGGAGCUCUAUGUGGAAAAUGCUCACCUCACAAAGGCUCUUCAAGUUGCUGAGCAGAAGCAGUGGGGUGCUGAGAAGCAAAAGCGCAUCUUGGAGGAGAAAGUUCGAGCUCUCAACACACUGAUCAGCAAGCUUGCACCUGCGGCUCUCUCUGUGUAGGCUGCUUGCCUUCCUAGAAUUCACCCUAGGGAACAUCUUUUGACAUUAUACAGGAGUGCAGUGAAUGUCUGCUCUGUGCCAGAUGCCAGGAAAUGUGCACAGGGCAGCAGGCCACGCUCUUAUCAGUGGUCCUGGAUAAGACCCCACUAUCUGCUCCCAGUUUUCCCACUCACUGAAGAGGCAGCUCUGGGGCUCAGCAAAAAGCAACUAAGAAAAAGGGUGAAACGCUUAGAGCUGUGCUUUUAUCUGGAAAAAUAGAGUGCAGAGUCAGGACUCUGUGCGCUCUUCCCAUUUCAUCACCCCUCGGAGCUCAGAUCACAAGAGCUCUGGACCAUGAGUCCACAUGCUCCAGUGACUCCCUGUGUUGUGCAGUCAUCCUGGACUCAGGAGGGACAAAUACCCCUUCAGGGCCUGCUGGGGGUGUCUGGGCGGGGCUGGUCUAACUAAGAUCUGCAGACUCAGGGACAAUGGUGUCUUGCAAAUACAGUCAUUUCCUUAUUAAAAUGUCAUCACACUGGAGAUUGCACAUGUUAAAAAAAGUAUAGUUUUAUAUCUGAAACAUACAUUAUGGCCAUUUUAUUUAGCAGAAUGUACUACUAUAAUGUGAAAUCACUGUAUUUUGCCAUAAAUUCUUUUCUAUUAAAACUGA